UGACCGCAGCGCAAACUCUGCCCAGGGCAUGGUGGGACACGGGUCCUAUAUAAACAAACGGAGCCAGCCCCGGCAUCAAGUGGCCCAUGGAGGAAGUGUCAGCAUUCACUGGACGAGACACCGUCUUUGCAGCCAAGAUGGCUCAAACGAAUCCCCAGCCUUCGCAGCUUGGAUCUUGGAAGAUCACAGUCUAUGACCAAGAGAACUUACAGGGGAAACGGAUGGAAUUCACCACCUCUUGCCCCAGCAUCACAGAGAGCAGCUUUGACAACGUCCGCUCCCUCCGGGUGGAGAAUGGCGCCUGGCUUGGUUAUGAGCACACUGGCUUCAGUGGCCAACAGUUCGUCCUGGAGCGAGGCGAGUACCCCCGAUGGGAGGCGUGGAGCGGGAGCAACGCUUACCACGUUGAUCGGCUGAUGUCCUUCCGCCCCAUCAGUUCAGCAAACCACAAAGAGUCCAGGAUCAUGCUGUUCGAGAAGGAAAACUACAUGGGGCACCAGUGGGAGGUGCAGGAUGACUUCCCUUCCUUGCAAGCCAUGGGCUGGGGCAACAGCGAAGUGGGCUCCAUGAAAGUUCACUCUGGCGGGUGGGUUUGCUACCAGUACCCUGGCUACCGUGGCUUCCAGUACAUCCUGGAAUCCGACCACCAUGGCGGGGACUACAAGAACUGGCGUGAGUGGGGCUCGCAUGCCCAGACAUCCCAGAUCCAGUCAAUCCGGCGCAUCCAGCAGUAGCAACGCAAUGGUUGGGAGCAUCGGCCAACAAUGAAGGAUUUCCCCCUGGCCACACGUGGCCUUGAGCCCUGGGCUAAGGGAACGGUUUCUUCCUGGAGCUCUUUUUGACACUGUGAGUACAAAUAAAUGCCUUGGAAGAAAACAGAACAG